AAAUUUGCGUCUUUUCGUCUUACCUUCGCGAAGGGCGAAUCUUAAAAAUUCCAUCAGAAUAUUGGAUUUUCUAUACGUAAAGCAGUUGAUGAUUACGCCCUUUCCGAAGUUCCCACUUCGCAACCACCGUCACUUAUCCAGCCGCGGACUUUGACCUCGGCUGCAGAGGAACACAGCGAGUGAGUGGCGAGGUGAUUAGCUAACACAUCAUCUUUCGAUCGACGGCGACGGUGCGGAUCAUCAUCAAUCGAUCGGGAAAAUGCUUCCGCGGAACGUCCAAACGGUUCGGCGGCUAAACGUGCUGAAGCGAAUCCUCACGAAUGGACCAUCGAACAACGGAAGCGGAAGUCCAACGGUAUGGUUCCGGCAUAGUUCCACGGGGGCCACCAUUCGGAUCGAUGACGUCGAGAAGGAGAUCCAACCACCGAAGCAGCCGGAACUGGUCCCGAAUGGAUACGUGAAAGUCGCUGAAACUGGUGAAGCGCAGCUAUCGCAGACUCGGCUACAUCACCUCAGGUGGAUGCUGCAGAAGGACAACCUGGGUCAGGACAUGAUCUUGCUGGGCAGGCCCGGCAGUCUACGGAGGAAUCUGAUCAUGCAGUACUCGGAGCUGACCCGGAGGGAGGUCGAGUACAUUCUGCUGAACCGCGAUACGACCGAGAGUGACCUGAAGCAGCGGCGGGAGAUUCUGGACGGUACGGCUACGUAUUACAACCAGAGUGCGGUGAGGGCAGCUACCGAAGGCCGGAUCCUGGUGAUCGAGGGCGUGGAGAAAACGGAGCGGAAUGUUCUGCCCAUUCUGAACAAUCUGCUGGAGAACCGGGAGAUGCAUCUGGAGGAUGGGCGGUUCUUGAUUUCCGCCAAGAACUACGAUAGUUUGCUGGAGCGCUUCAACAGAGAUCAACUGGACAAGUGGGGCCUGGUGAGAGUUUCCGAAGACUUCCGAGUGAUUGCUUUGGGGUUGCCGGUGCCGAAGUAUCGAGGAUCGCCGCUUGAUCCACCUCUCCGAUCGCGGUUCCAAGCGCGGGAUGUCAGCGAUCUGCCUUACCUGGACAUCCUCACCGAGUGCAAGAUUUUGUCCGGUGACAAGAGUCCCGAAGUUCUCACGAAACUUACCUCAUUCGGAUUCAGCGUUCUUUCCUCGGCAUCAACGCUGCCGGACUUCCCAAUCGACAACCUUCGCUACGCCGGAAUGCUGAUCAAUAACAACCCUCUACUGACCGAGCACAGUCUCCUAAGUCGACUCUACCCAUACUCCGUAUUUUUGGAGAAGGAAGGAGUUGGUCUUACCAAGUCUCUCAUGGAUUCGCUGAAGAUAACUCCCGAUCAAACGGCCUCCACGGAAAUUACCAGCGUGGAGCCGCUGGACGAAUCCACACUCUCCGUGAACUUGAAGGUCAACGCCAAACCAGUGAGCUUCCCCAUUCAACGUGGCAAGUCUGACGUGGAAAACCUGCCCACCACCUACAAGAAGACCUACUACCAGCAAAACCUCCUAGCGGACCUCAUCCAAUCCAUAGCCGUCGGCGACGUCUGCCUGAUCGGUCCCAAAGGCUGCGGCAAGUCGAUCUUGGCGAACGAACUCUGCCGGCUGCUCAACCAACAAGUGGAAACGAUGGUCCUCUACCAGGACAUGACGGCCCGAGACCUCAUCCAAAAGCGCACAACCAAACUCAACGGGGACACCGUUUGGCAGGACUCGCCUCUACUGCUAGCGGCCUUAAGCGGUCACGUGAUAGCUCUCGAUGGUAUCCAUCGACUGCAUCACAGCACCCUAGCGAUCUUGCACCGGCUGGUUCACGAUCGCGAGAUGCAGCUGUACGACGGAAGACGCCUGAUGCGCCACGACCGGUUCGACCGCCUGCUGCAGACAGGCCUUACGAAAGAAGAACUCAACGCACGGGGAAUCCUUCGCAUCGAUCCGGCAUUCCGAAUCAUUGCCAUGGCAGAGCCACAUCAAAAGACCGGAACCAACUGGAUCACCGCAGAAACCUUGAACCUCUUCUUAUUCCACGAAGUACGCGGUCUCAGCAAAGAUGAAGAGCUCAACGUGGUCAACUCCCUCUACGGCCCGCUGGACAACACCAUGCACCAGAUUCUACGCGUGGCGCAUUACCUACGAUCUUCCGGCGACACUACCAUGCAGAAUCUAGCUAGCAAUCUGUCAACUCGUCAGCUCCUUCGAAUAGCCCGUAGACUCCACGAAUACGGUGAACACCUUUCGGACCGUUCCGCCUACAGCAUUCUCCACAACACAUUCCUGUCGAAGUUCAUGCCAAAUGUGCCAAGAAGCGUGCUGGAGAACGCCCUGCGCUCAUGCGAAGUCGCUCCUGGCAAAGAGCACCGCGCCGAGGACAUCACCAUCUCCACCGAUAACGGCACACUCCGCAUCGGCAAUACCCAAGUCCCGAUCUACCAAACCGAAGCCAUCAGCAAGGUUCCGGACAUCGUGUUCUACAACGUUCCGCAGCACGUCAAACUCAUGGAACGCCUGCUGCAGGACUUCACCCUCGGCGAACAUCUCCUUCUGGUCGGCAAUCAAGGCGUCGGAAAGAACAAGAUCGCCGACCGUCUCCUGCAGCUCAUGAACCGACCCCGAGAGUACAUCCAACUGCACCGCGACACCACCGUGCAAUCCCUUACCCUGCAAGCGAGCAUCCGCGACGGCAAGAUCAUUUAUGAGGACUCUCCACUGGUCAAGGCCGUCAAAAACGGGCACGUUCUCGUCGUAGACGAAGCCGACAAAGCUCCGAUCCACGUCACCUGCAUCCUCAAAACCCUAGUCGAAAACGGCGAGAUGAUGCUAUCCGACGGGCGCAAGAUCUGUCCACCUCCAAGAGGUACCCCUCCACCCAACGACAAACUGAUCUACACCCAUCCCGACUUCCGGAUGGUAGUGCUUGCCAAUCGUCCGGGCUUCCCCUUCCUCGGAAACGACUUCUUCGCGGCGCUCGGCGACCUCUUCUCCUGCCACGCCGUCGACAACCCCUCACCCAACUCGGAAAUCUACCUGCUCAAGCAGUACGGCCCGGACGUCCCCGAGGCAACCAUCCGUCAACUGGUGGACGCCUUCUCCGAGCUGCGCGACAUGGCCGACAGCGGAAUUCUCAACUAUCCGUACUCCACGCGCGAAGUGGUCAACAUCGUCAAGCACCUGCAGAAGUUCCCCACGGACGACAUGGCCGAGCUGAUCGGAAACGUACUGGACUACGAUCGGCACACGCCGGAAACGCUCGAUCAGGUCACGAACGUACUGCUCAAGCACGGACUGGCGAUCGCUCCGUACGCGAAGAACGAACUGGCUGCACUCCGGAAGCAGAGGGAGAUUCAGAUGACGAUCAAAAGCAAAAGCGGGAAGGACGUCUCCGGACCUAAGCAUGGAAAGGUAGACCCGAACAACGAUCCCCACGUGGGAGGAAACACCUGGGCCGGAGGCACCGGAGGUCGCGACACGGCCGGUUUGGGUGGAAAAGGAGGUCCCUAUCGGUUGGAUGCCGGCCACAAGGUGCACCAGCUAUCCGAUGCAGAAAAAGACGACAUCCCAGAGCACGUCAAACUGGCAGCUAGGGAGAUGAACCGCAAAGCAUUCGAAGAGAAGCUGAACGAGAUCCAGAUGAGUCAUUAUGAUCACAAGGUGUAUAUGGAGUUUGCCGGACCGGUGCAGAAGCAAGUACAGCAGCUCCGGGUAAUUCUGCAAGCGCUGCAAGCGAAGAGCAAGGAGCGACAAUGGCAGAAGCAUCAAACCUCCGGGGAGAUGGACGAUACGAAACUGGUGGAAGGCAUUACGGGUGAGAAGAACAUCUACAAGAAGCGCGUCGAGCAGGAUCCGGAACCGGGACAGCCCCAGGAGAAACCCAAGCGGCUGAAGCUGGUGGUGGACGUAUCCGGAUCGAUGUAUCGCUUCAACGGGUACGACGGUCGCUUGGACCGUCAACUGGAAGCGGUCGUAAUGGUGAUGGAGGCCUUCGACGGCUUCGAAACGAAGAUCAAGUACGACAUCGUGGGUCACAGCGGCGAAGCCGUGGAGAUUCCGUUCAUCAACGUGAACAACCCACCGAAGGACGACAAGCGUCGGCUGGAGACGAUCAAGAUGAUGCACGCGCACUCGCAGUUCUGCUGGAGCGGCGAUCACACGCUGCCGGCCACUCGCAAUGCCGUGGACUCGCUGGCCAAGGAGGACUGCGACGAGGCGAUCGUGGUGGUGCUGAGCGAUGCCAACCUCUCGCGGUACGGCAUUUCGCCGAGGAACCUGAACGAUCUGCUGCAGAAGCAGUCGCCGAAGGUGCAGGCGUACGUGAUCUUCAUCGGCAGCCUGGGCGAUGAGGCGCAACUAAUCGCCGAAAACAUGACGACCGGGAAGAGCUUCGUGUGCAUGAACCUCGAACAGCUGCCUCAGAUCUUGAAACAGAUCUUCGCUGCCUCCGUACUACAGUAGAACUAGUCAGGGCUAUGAUGGAUGGUGGUGCUGGAUACAUUUUGAAUGUAUUUGUUAAGUUUUUAAUUGUUACACAGGGGUAAUGUGACCAAGGUUGAAUGAUGCAUUUAUUACGAUGUAUAAUAGCUCUUAAGAGGACUGUUGGAAUACAUAUUUUUCAGUAACAAAGCCAAA